UUUUAAUAUCAUUAUUGUAUAAUGAUAUCAUUAUUGUGUUUUAACACAUGUAAUGAUAGUAUUUUGAAAACUAUCAAAAAGUAGCCAACAGAUUUUCUGGGUUGACUGUUACUGAAGUAAAGAUAAUUGAAGAUGCACUGAGAGGAUUGGAGUACUUACAUGUACAUGAAAGCAUUGUCCAUAGAGAUAUCAAGCCAGGAAACAUUCUUUUAGUACAAAAGAGCUCUUCAUCUGAAGUUAAGGCAGUUCUGGCUGACUUUGGAAUCUCUACUGAAUUGAAUGAACGAGAAGCUGUGACAAGACAGAGAGGUAGAAGAACUGAUACAUGGAUGGCUCCAGAGCUAUUACUUGAUGAUUUAACAGACUGUAAAUUUAGUCGAGAGUCUGAUAUCUUUUCAAUGGGUUGUAUCAUCUACUAUGUGCUAACUAAAGGAAGACACCCUUUCAAUAAAGGACAUGAUAAUGACUACACAGUCCACCAGAAUAUCAAGAAUUAUAUGAUCUGUGAUUUUCAGUUGCUGAAUGACAAGCCAGUAGCUAGAGCUCUAAUUAAGAAUAUGAUGAAGCAUAACAAAGAUUCAAGACCAAGUGCUAGUGAAGUAUUAGAUGAUCCUUAUUUCAAGGAAGAUGAUUCACAAGAUACCAUACUUUUAUCACCAGAUAAAGAGCCGAAGCAAAACUCAUUGGAUAAUUUAUAUGAUAAACAGUUGUAUCAUGUUAUGGUUAAUAUAUCCCGUUCACUGCCUGAGUUCAUAGUCGAUCAUUACAUGAGAUUGAUGGCAGUCGUUGGUGUGAAGUCUGGUAUAGAACCUGAUUGGUCGCUAUCAAGAAGGUUUUUAGAGUUAUACUCCACCCAUGCAUCAAAGAAGUCUCCACAAGUUGCUGCAAGUUACGUUGAUAAGAUACUGACUGGCCUGGGGUAUGAAGAAAUGGGUGAAUUCAGUGUAUACCGGUACCUGCAUACUGAAGUGGACAUUGACUCAAAAGUAAAUGAGAAAUUGGAAAAGAUAAUGAAAUUCAGGCCAGCUGUGAUUCAAGUUGUACGUGAACUGUGUCUUUGCUUACAUGACUAUCAAGUGGAGCGUUACCGUAUGGUUGUUACUCUACUACGUAGAACUGCUUUGGAUUCUAACAAGUCCUUUCUUGAGCUUUUCAUGGAUUUGACUCAAGAACUUGGGAAAUACCCUCUCGCUGUUGCAAUCACUAUUGGAGUCCUGGAGAAAUCUGAUUGGGGAGAUACAGGGAAAUUGAAGCCGUUUUCAUUACCAAACUUUGAUCUUAACACGUCUUAUCCUGAAGUUGAUCUCUGCCUAACAGUUGCUGGUUACUAUGGUUACAUGAGAGAUAUAGACUUCAGCAAUGCUAAGGUGUACACCUCUUCACUUCACCUCAAGAGCCACAAUGUGUCUAAUAUGAGUAGAGUCCAGUUUACACGGUUACUGAUGGAGCGUGGUGUUAUUGAAGCUGGUGAUGUCUCUAAAAUUGAAGAUAAAGAUCGAUAUCCUCUCUUCUUUAAGAAAUACAAAAAGAGAUGCAAAGGACCAACCAAGGUGACUGCUCCAGCAACUGAUGAGACAGUGCCAGUCCAAGAGAGGAAAGCUCAAGCUACUUCAAGUCAAAGUCCAUCAACUUCAACUGAUGAACCAAGUUUCUUGACUGGAAGCAGGAAGCAUAAGGUGUACCUGGUACUACCACACAAACCAAUAGAGAACCAACACUAUGUUCACAUUUAGAAAGACUCUUUAUUCUGAGGAACCUUAUAAUUUAACAUACCAAUGCAUUAUAAGGCAGCAGUAAUACUGGUAUAUGAUUAUUGCAGGGAAAAAUUUUAAUGUAAAUUUAA